CUGGAGUCUCUGUUGUGUGGCGGAGUAUAGUCAGACACUCAAUGGCAGAAAACCAGCUCUCUUCCCUGGGAAAGCCCCUGGAUGAGAAUUUGCAAGGGAUGUUCCACACAACACCUACCUUUUCUUCCAAUCAUCCUUUAAGGGUCUCACCUGACUUCCCACAGAGCCCCUCUGAUCUUGAAGUACAACAGUGCUUUUACGAAGUUGCUGUAAUCUCAGAGAGCCCCAUCAUGAAUACAGCAAAGAGCUCAGAAUUACCUGACCAUACACCUGAGUCACAGAAAGGAACAGUAGCCAAGAACAAACCAACCAUUAGGAAGCCACAGCCCAUUCGUCUCAUUGGAGUGGAUUCAGUCUUUGGCACAGGUAUUACAGUCCAGCCACCCAAGUGCACUGAAACCUUCAAAGUUUCUGAAACAUCAGCCUUCAGUAAAAUUGUCAGUAAACAGAAACAGAGGUCCACUGGAGUCAGGGAGUCACAGAUUGAGAUGACAGUGGCCAUGUGCAAACAUAUGCUACGUUUCGUUUUUCUUCUGUAUGUGUUGUACAAAAUGUGCAUUUUUGCCUUGCAACAUUCCCAGUAAAGGGUUUCCAGAUGACCCUAGUACUUCCCAGCAGACUCUAUGGUAUGUACUGGAGCUUACAAAACCUGUCUGUAUAAGUCAAACUGUUAUCUCACUUAUGAUAUUUUGUCCUUCUGUCAAGCUGUAAUAGCCUAGAAGUUCCUCUCCUUCCUUCUCUUCACAAGCAGCACCACAGAAACAGAGCAAGGAAGAACACUUCUGCUUGAAAGCUGAAUGGACAUUGAAAAGUUAAACUACCACCCAUCAACAUGUUCAUGUGAUGCCAACAAGUUACACAAAGAACACAGGCCAGCAGGUCCAGUGUGAAUGCUCUCAAGCCCCAAAGAUAAUUGAAGAGUUCAGGGAAAAAGGGGACUUUAUAUAUAUUAAAACAGACAUGUAUGAAUUUUUCUGAGUACCAGAAGAUGAAGCAACCAAGAGUCAAAAUCUUAGUGUUGGUUACAGACUAAUUUGAGGAUAGCUGUCCUUUAUCAAACAGAUUAUGAGCAUAGCAACCUAACCAUAGGAUGCUUACAUUGAUGUGGGUAAAAAUGUUAAAGAAAAUUAAGAAAUCCUUACAGCCUGAUGAGGAUGAAAUUGAUAGCAAUUUUGAGAGUUGACAUUUUGUUGCAAGACAGGAGAAUUCCCAUUUUAGCUCCCUGUGUUCUAGUUCCAAUAAAUCAUCAUUGUUGAAUUUAA